UGGGUUUCACCGUGCGUGUGUGUUUCAAGGCAUCAGAAUCAGAUCGAGAUGCAAGACAAGCGAGAGGUCUUUUACUCGCAAUGCAAACAUUGAAUCUCCUCACUCCUCCUGAUUCUCUUUCUCCAAGAUUCUGCUCGAUCCUCCUCCAGGUACUUUUACAGGCACAAUGAAUUUUUUGAUGCGAUCUUCUGCACAUGUAUCCGUAGAACAUGCAAAUGUUCCCCCUAUUUCCGAAUCACAAACAGAUAUAUAUAGUAGAUCAACAACAGGAGCAACUUUGGAGUCUUUUAUAUCUGAAGAUCCAUAUACACGGUAUUCCGCAAUUGAAGGGCAUGAUGGACAGGCUAGCGGAGUUGGAAGUGAAGGUAGCUGCAUGAAUGGUCGAAAUUCAAAAGAUGGGUUAUUUAAGCACUCAGAUGUUUUGGAAGAAGAAGGAUGGAUUACAAUUCCAUAUAAGGAAAUCCCUGAAAAUUGGAACCAGACAUCAAACAUAGAAUCCCUGCGUUCUCUUGACCGUUCCUUUCUUUUCCCUGGUGAACAAAUUCAUAUCCUAGCAUGCUUGUCUGCAUGUAACCAGGAUACUGAGAUUAUUACUCCAUUUAAAAUUGCUGCGGUGAUGAUUAAGAAUGGCAUGGGUCACAGCUCUGAGGGAGAGCAUGAAAAUGUCGAACAUGGAAAUAAUUUAAUGUCAGAAGAAGUGGAAAUGAGUCCUAGCAGUCAAGAGACAAACUGCGAAUCUCUUCUUAGGAGGGAAGAGCACAAAAGACGGACUGAGUUGUUGCUGCAAAGAAUUGAGACUUCUCAUUUCUUUGUGAGGAUUUCUGAGUUUGAUGAGCCACUUUGGUCCAAAAGAGGUGUUUCAGAAAAAAUUUCCAGUUCAGCUGAAACAAACAGUCAGAAGGCCUCAACAAUUGGAACUAAAGCAGCUACAAGAAAGAUGUCUUGUUCUAGUGCAGUUAUUGAUAGAGGAAAGUUGGAUGCAACCAUAUCUAGUGGAAUGGCUAGAAGUUCUGCUCAGUGUUUCGCUCUUCCUAAUGGAGACAUAGUGGUUCUUUUACAGGUGAAUGUUGGCGUUAAUUUUCUUACAGACCCUUGCAUUGAAAUUCUCCAAUUUGAGAAGUUUGAAGAGAAAGAUUUUCCUUCUGAGAAUCAGGAUAAUUUAUUUUCUACCAAAAAGCAACCAUGUGAAGAGCUACUAAAAUGGCUACUUCCUUUAGAUAAUAUUACUUCUAGUACAGCUCGAUCCUUGUCACCUCCUCAUUUAAGUUCCAACUCAGGAAUUGGUAUUACUUCUCAGAGAUCUAACUCUUCAACAUCAUCUGGCUCUCAAUUAUUCUCCUUGACUCAUUUUAGAAGUUACUCCAUGUCAUCGUUACCUCAUAAUACAAACUUGCCAACGGCUCCUGUUAAAGCAGCUAGUUCUAAGCCUAGCUUUGACCUUAAUGACUGGGAUCCACAGAAGUUUUUAAGGAAAAAUAUUAAGGUUGAAGAGCUUUUGUCUUUUCGAGGUGUCUCAUUGGAGAGAGAAAGAUUUUCUGUUCGGUGUGGGUUAGAAGGUAUCUAUACACCAGGAAGAAGGUGGAGAAGAAAGAUUGAAAUAAUUCAUCCCAUAGAGAUUCAUUCUUUUAAUGCCGACUGCAAUUCAGAGGAUCUUCUUUGUGUUCAGAUUAAGAAUGUUGCUCCAGCACAUGCUCCAGAGAUUGUGAUAUUUGUAGAUGCCAUAUCACUUGUCUUUGGGGAGGCUACAGAUGGUGGACCACCUUCAUCAUUACCGAUUGCAUGCAUUGAAGCUGGAAAUGACCAUUCUUUACCAAAUCUAUCUCUCAGGAGAGGGGAAGAACAUUCUUUUAUUCUUAAACCAGCAAUUUCUAUGUGGAAAAAUAUGGAGCUUCAAGGAAAAAAUUCUCAAUCAUCAAAGUUACAAAUUGCAAAGUCAACAUCAAAAUUGAAUCUUUCCACCAAGAAUCUUGACAAAAGGAAGGCUGCUUUAAUGGAAGAUAACUAUGCUAUUAUGGUCUCAUGCCGGUGCAAUUAUACAGCAUCAAGGUUGUUCUUUAAGCAGCCAACUAGUUGGCGACCACGCACCUCAAGGGAUAUUAUGAUAUCUGUUGCAUGUGAGAUGUCAGGACAGUCUCUUUCACCUAAUGAAAGAAACUCCCAACUUCCUGUUCAGGUGUUAACUCUUCAAGUUUCUAAUUUCACAUUAGAAGAUCUAACUUUGACGGUACUGGCUCCAGCCUCGUUUACUUCACCACCUUCAGUGGUUUCACUUAAUUCACCAACUACACCAGUGAGUCCUUUCGUUGGGUUCGCAGAAUGCUUGGGAAGAGUAAAUAGUAAAAGACUGGAUAGUGAAGAGACUGAGAAACAAAUAGAUGAUGACAUACCUCAGACUGAUUCCAUUAGUGAUGAUAUUGUUCCCAAUUCUGACUUGAUUUGUUCACAUUUGUGGCUACAUAGUAGAGUUCCUUUAGGAUCUACACCAUCUCAAUCUUCAGCCACCAUCAAGCUUGAGCUACUUCCAUUGACUGAUGGUAUAAUUAUUCUUGACACUCUGCAAAUUGAUGUCAAAGAAAAAGGUGUUGCUUAUGUCCCUGAACGCUCCCUAAAGGUAAAUGCAACCUCCAGCAUUUUUCGCAGGGAUUAAUUUGAAUGGGACUUCGGCUGGUCUCAUUUUAUGUCAUGAUUUAUUCUUUUUUUUUUUGGGCCAAUAUGUCAUAUGAUUAAUUCAAAGUAAUAGAAUGGACCUUGACGAAUACUAACUUCCAUCGCUGUAGCAUUUUGAUGAAGUCGGCAAGUUAAUUUAUUGUUGAAAAUCCAGCUGCAAUUUUGUAUUGUAAUCACCAUGGGCUUGAAAAAGACGAAUGUUACAAAUCUUUAUAUGUGGAAGAGUGUAAUGUUAAUG